CGCUGGAAAGAGACGGGGUUCGGGGGAGAGGGCUCGGCGAGAUUAAGUAAGAGCGUGGGCGUAAUGGGGUAGCUGAACCCCUUGGAGAUAAACAAGGCGCCGGCCUCUUCAGAUUGUGAAAGGGUAAGCGAAAAAUCCAUUACUUGUUUGACAAUGGAAAGGAGAUGGCUGAGGAGUAUGACAUGAAGACCAACCAGCUGCUUUUGAGGAAAUGGAGAGAGAAGAAUGCUCUGGGGGCCUAUGGUAACUGGCAGGUUGAAGUGGGAGAGCCAGCUGGGCUUGCAGUAGGAACCCUUGAUUGUGAGCUCAUAAAGGAGAGUAGUACCAAUCCUAUCUUUAUGCGAAAAGAUACCAAGAACAGCUUCCAGUGGCGGAUUCGGAAUUUGCCAUAUCCUAAGGAUGUCUACAGUGUUUCAGUGGAGAAGGAUCAACGCUGCUGUGUUAUCCACACAACAAACAAGAAGUAUUACAAGAAGUUUUCUAUUCCUGAUCUAGAAAGAUUCCAACUGCCUUUGGACUGCACUGCUCUGAGCUUCACACAUGCCAACAACACAUUAGUGAUCACAUAUCAGAAACCACAAGAGAUUCUGGAUGCAGAAGAGGAACUACAAAAGGAGCUAAAAAAGAUCAAGGCAGCUAAUGAUGGAGAUGGAGAGUGCAAGACUCAAUAGUUGUAGAACUUCCUAUCUGUAUAUAUUUUGCUACUUUUCUUUUACAAAUAAACACACUGACUGGAAGUUA